GUCACAUACUUUCCACUCUCUACACUUGGUAAAGAAACAGAGAGAAACCACAAUCUCGGAACACUUUCAAAAUAAACACGCACAAAACGCACACACUAAUAGAGAAAAAAAUAGAGAAAUCAACUGGUUUCUUUAGUCAUGGAGAAACACAAGUGUAAGGUCUGCUUGAAGAAUUUCACUAAUGGUAGAUUUUUGGGUGGCCAUAUGACUAGAUCUCACAUGAUGAAUCUAUACAUUCAACAAAAAACAGAACAAAAACAUCAAAUCAGUGAAGAAACAGAUCCAAUUUUAUUGUGUUCAUCAUCCUCAGAAGGUGAAGAGACUGAAGAAAAAGAGAUGUUAAAGAAGAGCCUUAGAAUUGUGGAUCUUCAAGAUAGAGAGAGUGAAACCGAGUCAUCACAAAAUCCAACACAAUAUAGACGAUCCAAGCAGAUUAAGAAAUCAAGAAUCUCAUAUACACAUUACAUGUCAAAUUAUGAUUAUAGGCACGUACCAUAUGCGGAAAGUUCUGCGUACGUCAGUGCUCGUGUCUCUUCCUCUGAGCCAGUGAGUACAAUCUGGGACACAUCGCCGGAGGAAGAUGUUGCAUAUUGCUUGAUGAUGCUAUCUAGAGAUAAAUGGAGGAAAAAAGAAAUUGAAAUUGUUGAUUAUUACGAAGAUGAUGAACAAGAAGAAGAGAAGGAUCAAAAGCAAUAUAAAGUGACUAAGUAGCGGUAAGUACAAAUGUGAAACAUGCAGCAAACUUUUUAGAUCUUAUCAAGCACUUGGGGGUCACGUAGCAAGUCACAAGAAGAUUAAAGUUUCAACUAAUUAUAAAACAUGAGAAACCGUGGAAACAAAAUAUAAAGAAGUAAAAAUACAUGAAUGUCCUGUUUGUUACAGAGUAUUUUCAUCAGGCCAAGCUCUUGGUGGACACAAGAGAUCACAUGGUAUUACUUCAACAAAAAUAAAAUUAUCAAGAAUUGAUAGGACUAUGAUAGAUCUCAAUGUUCCUGCUUCACUAGAGGAUGAUUAGAUUAUUACUCAGAUUGAGUUUUCUACAGUUUCUGAUGCUAAAUUUGUCCACCCCAUCAAGCCACUGAAAGUGAAAUUAUUGUAAUGUUAAAGGAACUCAUGAAUUAGAGGUAAAGUUUUGUUCAUUUUUUCCUUUUUAAGAUUUUUGGUGUGGAUCUAAGGAAAUUGAUCAGUGCAUUUUCAUGAAAAAAUUUGGCACUUUCCAUGGCU